CUGCGCGGGGCGCUGAGAGCCGGGCCCGGUGCCGUUCGCUCCCGGCCAUGUCGCUCGGUCCGCUGGACACCGGCCGGCCCGGGGCCGCCUCCCCCCCGCGGGACUUCGGCGGCAUCAUCCAGACAUGCAGCGGAAACGUGCAGCGCAUCGCGCAGUACACUGCGCAAAUAAGGAAUUUGAUGAGCCAGCUGGGAACCAAGCAGGAUUCCAGCAAGCUUCAGGAGAAUUUACAACAGCUACAGCAUUCUGCAAACUGCCUUGCCAAAGAGACCAAUGAAUACCUAAAGGAGCUGGGGUCUCUACCGCUUCCUCUGUCUGCUUCUGAACAGCGCCAACAGAGACUUCAGAAAGAACGUUUAAUGAAUGACUUCUCCGCGGCCUUAAAUAACUUCCAGGCAGUCCAGAGGCGAGUGUCAGAGAAGGAAAAAGAGACUGUAGCAAGGGCAAGAGCUGGCUCCCGCAUCUCUGCAGAUGAGCGGUUCAGAGAAGAACAGCUUGUUUCAUUUGACAGUGGUGAAGACUGGAAUCAGAUGCAGUCUCAGGAAGAAGAUGUGGCAAUAACUGAACAGGACCUUGAACUCAUUAAAGAAAGAGAAACAGCAAUCAGGCAAUUAGAGGCAGACAUUUUGGAUGUCAAUCAGAUAUUUAAGGAUUUAGCCAUGAUGAUUCAUGACCAAGGAGAUAUGAUUGAUAGCAUAGAAGCAAAUGUGGAAAGCGCAGAAGUCCAUGUGGAAAGAGCCAGUGAGCAGUUACAGAGAGCUGCCUAUUACCAGAAGAAAUCCCGUAAGAAGAUCUGCAUCCUGAUUCUUGGUCUUGCUGUGGCUUCGAUAAUCAUAGGAAUCCUUAUCUGGAAGACAGUAGGAUGAAAUCUUCCCAUGGAACCUAAUCUCAUUGCUGAGAUCUUUUUUCCCCCCUCAGAGCAAGCAGGCUGACAAGUCUCAAAAUUGAAUUGACCACCCUGAGAGAGCACAAGCUGGAACUACUUCUAGUCAUAGAUAUUAGCAACUAAUGUGCAGAUAACUAGUAUUUGGAAUUAGUGAGCCAUGGAGACGGUAUUUAUCAGUUUAUAUACAAAUUAUAUUGUUUUAUGUAACUAAAAUCUUGUGGUUUUGCUUUCUGUAAUGUAUUAUCCCCUGUCCCAACUGUAUGCUGAAGUGUGAUCAAGAAUUGGAGGUGUCUUGUUGUUGACGAGUGGCACAACAUUAACAUUUUAUAUGUAUAGGUAACUGUGUUGGACUGGAAUAAGAAUGACAUUCAAAGAUGGCACAACACUGAUACACAUAACCUUAAUCCAGCAGUUUCUAAAGUCUCCAGGGUCUGCCCCAUGGUUUUAUUAGUCGCCAAGUGGCUGUAGUUCUAUAUUCUCUUCAAGAGGUGUUUUAACAGAUUGGAAUGGCAAGAAGUAUGCAUGGGUGAUAGCUGGAACCACUGGGUGCUGGUCAGUUCAGCCUCAAGACUUGUAAUUGUGGUGGUGAGGUUUUUGAGUGUGGUUGGGGUUGUUCUUUUCCAAAGUGCAUCAUUUGAGGACAGAAUCUUCUUUGAUUUGUAAUCUAACACUGCAACCUCCUUAGAGAAACUAGCUGGUGGUUUAUUGUUGGACAGGUAAAUAUCUUCCAAUGCUGACUCUAAAGCACUAGAAAUACAGAGUUUUAGUUGUUCACUCCUAAGUGGUUUUAGAAGCUUCCAGGGAGAAAAUAACACAAAAAUGAGGAAGUGGGCACCUAAGUUUACAGGAUAGAUGAGUAUUAGCUUAAAUCCUGCUUCUGAAGAAGUGCUCUUGAAGCUCACUUGUAGUGCACUAGUAAAUAUCAUGUGGGGCUUGUGCACAUCUGUUAUUUUCCACUCUUUAUGAAACAGAAAGUGCAGAAACUGGCUGAGUGAAGUGCGGUGCUUUUCAGGCUGAGGCUGUGUGUGCAAUUGGAAAGUGCUGGUUCCAGCUGUCCUGCUACUGGAGCUGGACAGGGUCUAGCAGCCACUCCCCCCUUCAAUGUAGCUCUGAGCUGACAUGCACUGAGGGAACACUAAUCUGCCCAAAGCCCAAUGGAGUGCGGUAAAUGCAGCAUACUGACCCAUUUUGUAUUUAAUCCUUAUUCCAUGUCUCCUGUAUAAUAAAGUAAAUGUGAAAGCUGGGGAGGGAGCGCGUUCUCCCACUUCCACAGUGGUUUGCACUAUUGCGCCAUCAUUCCAUUGAAUAACCAUCAAUAAACACUUUUAAAAGCAUA